UUCUGUUUCGCCUCCACCCAUCUAUGACCACCGGAGCAUAAUGUCGCCUCCUCUCGCGUGCCAGCGCGAACGCGACGAGCUCGCACAGUGUAUUCUGCGGACGGACUGCGUGCUCAAGCAAGGCAAGUCGCCAAAAGAGUGCCUCAGCAAUAAGGACAACUUGCCACUGCAGUGCCAGCACCUCCUCGCGUCGUUCUCGGACUGCAAGCGUGGAUUGCUCGACAUGCGCCGCCGCUUCCGCGGAAACCACCUGAGCGACGAAGCGAAGCGCGGCGGCGCGCCCGCCGACGCCGCCCUGGGAAGCAAGUAGAUGUAG